CUAUACUCUUGGGAGAUCGGCUUUGGUGUCUGGUACGCAAAGAGCCGACUCAAUGUCCAUCGGAUAAAGUGCAUGCAGGAGAUCAUGUGUGCUUGCGCGGGUAAACCGCUUCAGUCGAUACAUCGUGGCUGCACUGCUAUGAUGAUGCGGCUAUUGAGAUCAGAAUAUAAUGGAUGUUACGUGUGCAAACACAGGUCAGAUACUCUGCACCUACUGUGCCUGGAAACUGUAAAACUAGGGGAUAGUAAAUUGGAGGCAUACUCUCUGGCUAUGGAAAAAUUAAGAGAUGUCAAAGCUGCACUGGAGCCUGUUGCUGCCGUGUUCGAGGGUUUGGGAUUGUCGGACAGUGAGAUGGCAGCUGAUUCUGUAGGGUCUGGGAUAGGUCAUAAGAAGAAUUUUGUUAUGACAGACUCGGCACAUAGUGGUUCCCAUUGUCUCGACGGCUUUGCAGCUUGGUCCAGGAAAUGGCCAGUGGGGGGACCUGCCACCGGCCGCGACGAAGCACCCUAUGAACAACCCCACUGAGAGGUCCAGGUUUUGUUCUAUCUACAGGUUUUACAUGUCCACAAAGGUGUGAUGCCAAAAGCACCUAGAAAGUCUCCUUGCUGCUCGAAAUGUCAUUUGAGAGGACACAAGAGGAAGACCUGCAGCAAUUCUCC